AGCUUUUAAUUUUCUCUAUUUAUUUAAAUUAUUGGCGUUUGAGGAUCAUCACAAAUUCCCAAAAGAGGGUAACAAUUUGGAGAUAACCAGAACCGCAAUUCAAAAGUCGUCGAUCUUCAGCCGCCGCCGUCGGACCUCUAGAUCUCGCCAAGAUGCCGGCGACCGCAGGGAGGGUUCGCAUGCCGGCGAACAACCGCGUGCACAGCAGCGCUGCCUUACAGACCCACGGCAUAUGGCAGAGUGCAAUCGGUUACGAUCCCUACGCUCCCAACAAGGAAGAGAAGAGCAACGCUUCCACUCAGAAGGCCGCCGCCGCCUCGGAGGGUGAACAGGAAAACGCCUAUGCUAGCUUUCAGGGUUUACUCGCUCUGGCUCGAAUCACGGGAUCUAACGCAGAUGAGGCGCGUGGCUCUUGCAAGAAGUGUGGGAGGGUUGGGCAUCUCACUUUCCAGUGUAGGAAUUUCUUGAGUGCUAAGACCGAUGAUGAUAAGCUGAUUAAGGAUAAUGAUGCCAUCCAAGCCGCGGUGUUGUCUGGAUUGGAGAAGCUGAAAGGUGAGAAAUUGAAGGGGCGACAGAAGAGUGCGGCCGGGGAGAGUGAAGAUAGCAGUGAGGAGGAGGAGAGUGAGAGUUCGGAUACGGAUUAUGAUUCGGAGAUGGAGCGUGCUAUAGCUCAGAAGUUUGGGAGAAAAGCUAGUGGGAAGUUGAGGAGCAGUAAGAGUAGAAAGAGGAGCGAUAGAGAAGAGGACGAGGAUGGGUCGGAGAGUGAUGCUCGGGAGAGAAGGAAGAAGGAUAAGAGGGAGAGAGGGAGAUCGAAGAACAGAAAGAGUGCGAAGAGAAGGUACAGCGACUCUGAUGAUGAGGAUUCAAGCAGGAAAAAGAGGAGGAAGGAGAAACGGAGGAAGAGGGAUGAUGAUUCCUCUGAUGAGGAGGAAGAUAAACGGAGGAAGAGAAGAGGUAAGGAGAGGAGGAAGAGGAGUCACUGUAAUGGGGAUGAUUAUUCGUCUGAUGAUACUGUGAAGCAGCGCCAUAAGCGUAGGAGUCACAGGGCGGAUUCAGCGCCUGGCUCUGGUGACAGUGAAUCGGAUGAUUGUCGAGUGGGAAGGGACAAGAAGCGGUCUGAUAAGAAGAGCAGGCGCCAUAGACGCCGAGAGGACUAGCUUGCUUCAAUGGAGGUUGUGCAAAUUCUGUUUUACGAUUGCGCUGUGUUGUGAGUGUUGAGUUUCGUAACAAUUUCUUAAUGUGUGGUGCUGAUGGAAACAGAUAGCUCAGCAGACUGUGGUUUGCGUUAUUUGCACUGUCUUUAGUUUUGCUUAGUUUGUUGUUUUGAAGCCGUUUUCUUGCCUUCCGAUUGUAAGAACACCCAUGUUUCAUAUGUAUGGAUGUUAUUGUCUUGGCUUUACACAUAAUUCCAUUACAGAUUGUUUAA